AUGAUGUUUAAUGUGGACUUUGAUAAUACGACACAGGUGGAAGCAGAUGUGGAUGCAAUAUCGGAAAAUACUAUCAAGAGCGAACGUAUUAUAUUUAAGCAUUUACCUUCAUAUUUAUUUGAAGAAAAAUUGAAGGAACAUUCAUCAACCAAUGAAUAUAUUACGUACUUUAAUAGAGUAAAUGAUUUGAAAAGUGAAUAUUCAUGGCUCACGGAUAUAUUCAACAAACUAAGUAGGAACAUAUCGUUGAUGCAGAAUAGUUAUGUACAGGGGGACGAUUUCAAUAAGAAGCGUUGUUAUGAUUUAAAUUACUGGCUAUAUAAUGAAGUAUAUAAAAAUUUGAAUGCGUCAGAGCAGAAUACUAAACAUUGGGGAGAUAUUGUGCGGAGGGUGCAGGAAGUAUGGAGGAAUAUUGUGGACAAGGAGUUCUAUACUGAUGAACACAGGUGUUAUCCAGAUGACCAGCUACUGCUUCACAUGGGUUAUUUACAAGAAAUUAAGGAUAUUUUCGAUUUCUUUGAAGAUUACAAUCAAAUAAAAAAGGAGAUCAUUGCUAAUACGAGUAAGGCAUGCCGAAAAUAUGUGGACUACUUAAAACAAAGAAUUCCACUAUACUAUACUUGGAAGGAUUCAUGCGCAAUGGACGCGUCCACCUGCAAAAGGUACAUCGACAAUUAUAGCAAGUAUCGUCCAUUAAAUGUUAUAAACAGCUUGAACAAAUAUAGCCUCAUGUGGUCAUAUUUCUUUAAUGAUUGUUAUAAGGAGGUUUAUAAUUUAUUUGUGGAGGCAACGAAACAACCGAAACGAAAUGAUAGUAUAUAUAAGAAAAAAAUAGACAUGCUCGAAGAAUCCAAUACUAAGAGUAAUUUGCCUUUAAUUCCUUUGGCAGAAAAAUUACGUGUAAAUGAAUUGUCUGUUGCGCAUGAUCAUAAUGAUUAUGGGUUCCGCGAACAGUGGCCUGUAUACAAAGAUAGGGCCUACAGAAUAUUAAGACCUAUGCUAGGUACAGUGGGAGUGUUCCUAAUUUUAUAUACUCUUUAUAAGUUUAUGUCACUGGGGAGAAUACUCAGGCACAGACGCGCAAAACGGAAAAAAAGAAGAAUUGGACCGGCUGUUAACUAUGAUGAUAUUAUGCUAUUAUAUCAAACUAAUGAAUCUUUAACGAGCAGUUCCAGGGAUAACAGUUCCAAUAAUAGCAGUUCCAGUAAUAGCCGGUACAGCUUAUCUUACGCUUCCUCAGUAAUUUAA